CCCAACUGGUCACUGGUGCGUAGCGGGCGGCAGCGCAGGUGCGGGCAGCAGUGAGCAGAGCCAGAGCGGGCGCCAGCCACCGGAGGCCCGGAGCGGCGGCCAUGUCGUCCGGCAAGGAGGCGAUCAUCGAGGUGGAGUCGGCGCCGCCGACGCCGCCCCCGCCGGUGUCCGCGCCGCCGUCGCGGGUGCACUCCCCCGCCGCGCCCGGCGGCCGGUCGCCGCUGCGCGCGAUGGCGACGCCGCUCGCCAGCCCCGUCCGGAAGGCGGUGGCCACCGUGCGGGGCUGCCUGGAGGAGGUCGGCCACAUCACGCGCCUCGCGGACCCGCGCGACGCCUGGCUGCCCAUCACCGAGUCCCGGAGCGGCAACGCCUACUACGCGGCCUUCCACAACCUCAGCUCCGGCAUCGGCUUCCAGGCGCUCGUGCUCCCCGCCGCAUUCGCCUCCCUCGGAUGGACGUGGGCGAUCACCUGCCUGACGCUGGCGUUCGCGUGGCAGCUCUACACGCUGUGGCUGCUCGUCAGGCUUCACGAGCCCGUCGCGGGCGGCGUCCGCUACAGCCGGUACAUGCACCUCGCCACGACGGUUUUCGGCGAGCGGUGGGCCAAGAUCCUGGCGCUGCUCCCGGUGAUGUACCUGUCGGCGGGGAUCUGCACGGCGCUCAUCAUCGUCGGCGGCGGCAGCAUGAAGAUGCUGUUCGGCAUCGCGUGCGGCGAGGCGUGCCUGGCGCAGCCGCUCACCACCGUGGAGUGGUACCUCGUCUUCAUCUGUGCGGCCGUGCUGCUGUCCCAGCUCCCCAACCUCAACUCCAUCGCCGGCGUGUCGCUGGUGGGCGCCACCGCCGCCGCCGCCUACUGCACCAUGAUCUGGGUCGCGUCCGUCGCCAAGGGGCGGGUGCCCGGCGUGUCCUACGACCCCGUCAAGGCCCCCAACGACGUCGACGCCGCACUGGGGAUCGUGAAUGGGCUCGGAAUCAUUGCCUUCGCUUUCAGGGGGCACAAUGUUGUACUGGAGAUUCAGGGCACCAUGCCGUCGACUCUGAAACAUCCUUCUCAUGUGCCCAUGUGGAAGGGCGUCAAGGUAGCCUACGCCAUCGUUGCGCUCUGCUUCUACCCACUCGCCAUCGGUGGCUUCUGGGCUUACGGAAACCAGAUCCCUCCGAACGGCAUCCUGAGCGCCCUGUACAAGUUCCACAGCCGCGACGUGUCCCGGCUGGUGCUGGGCAUCACCACGCUGCUGGUGAUCGUCAACUGCCUGACCACGUUCCAGAUCUACGCCAUGCCCGUGUACGACAACAUGGAGGCCGGGUACGUGCACAGGAAGAACCGGCCGUGCCCCUGGUGGCUGCGCUCGGGCUUCCGCGCCUUCUUCGGCGCCGUCAACCUCCUCAUCGCCGUCGCGCUGCCGUUCCUGUCGGAGCUCGCCGGCCUCCUGGGGGGGAUCUCGCUGCCGGUCACGCUGGCGUACCCGUGCUUCAUGUGGGUGGCGAUCAAGAAGCCGCGGAAAGGCACGGCGACGUGGAACGUCAACUGGGCCCUGGGGAUCCUAGGGAUGAGCAUAAGCUUCGUGCUCAUAGUCGGGAACCUGUGGGGUCUCGUGGAGAAAGGCUUGCGUGUGAAGUUCUUCAAGCCUGCGGAUUUCCAGUGAGCUUGUGCAAAUUGUCAAACACUUCGGGGGUCUUGAUUCGUAAUGAGAAAUAUGACGUUUGAUGUUGUGUAUCUUGACAAUUUUCAAGAAGCAAAGUUGAACUAA